UUAUAGCAGAAAAACAAAAAUGGCCUCGUUGAUCCUCCUUAGGAGAGCUCCAGCUUCGACUCUCUUCUCCAGGCUGCUGAAUCCGGUAUGCUCCGUCUCUGCGUCUCCCUCGGUGUCUCGCUCUUUCGCAGCCAGAGCUGGGGUCACUGCUUGCGAUGAUGUUGAUCGUGCGGUCGACGUUACAAGCCACUCUGAUCUCUAUCCCUCUAGCCGUCGCGACUCCUUCCCUGGUUUAUUUUCUGAUGUUUUUGAUCCAUUAUCUCCAACAAGGAGCCUAAGCCAGGUUCUGAACCUAAUGGACCAAUUCAUGGGAAACCCAUUCUUCUCAUCUUGCGGCAUGGGCGCAAGGAGAGGAUGGGACGUGAAGGAGGACAAUAACGCACUCAAUCUUCGCAUGGACAUGCCGGGGCUAAGCAAGGAGGACGUCAAUGUCUCUGUCGACCAGAACACCCUGAUGAUCAAAGGUGAAUGCAGCAGGGAAACAGAUAAUGAGGAGAGUGGAAGGAGGUACUCAAGCAUGCUCGAACUCCCUCCAAACAUCUACAAGGUGAAUGAGAUCAAGGCAGAGAUGAAGAACGGAGUACUGAAAGUGGUGGUGCCCAAGGUAACGGAGGAGGAGAGGAAGGACGUGUAUGAGGUGAAAGUAGAGUAGGGAAAUCCUUGUUUUUUUGUUGUUCUCUACUCCCCAGACGUUUGUUGAGAAUUUGAGAUGUAAUGAGGGAAUGAUCUGAGUUUUAUAUCAAAAUAAAUGACAGAUAAUUUC